AUGGCAGACCUACACGGUUCCGAUAGAGAUGAGAGGCGAAGCAAACGCCUUCAUAUCUGCCUCUCUGUUGACUUUGACGCCAUUAGUGGGUAUCUUGGCACCGGCCAUGACCCUAGAAAUACCAUGGCCGACUACUCGGCCGGUAUCUUCAGCGCCCGUGUAGGAGUACCGCGUCUCCUCAAGCUCUUCGAAAAAUAUGGUAUUGGUAACAAGGUAUCUUGGUUCUUACCCGGCCAUAGCAUCGAGACGUUCCCUGAGGAGGCUGCUGCGAUUGUGAGGAGUGGCGCUGAGAUUGGAUUGCACGGAUACAGCCAUAAAGGAGCAUAUGCCAUGACACCAGAGCAGGAGGAAGAAGUCUUGAUGAAGUGCAUUGAAAUAGUGGUGGCGCUACAGGGAGGUAAAAAGCCGGUCGGGUAUCGAGCCCCAUUGUAUCAGAUCCAAGAGACUACGGUACAGCUACUCCAGAAGAAUGGCUUCCUCUAUGACAGCAGCAUGAAUGCCCAUGAUUCUUUGCCAUACAUCCUACCAAACCCAUUUCCCACAGAACCACCAAGGAUACCAGAUUAUAGCCAGAGAGCAAGCAGUUGGAUGGUGCCAAGCAGUGUUCCCCAGGAGCCAGCAGCAGGUACGGACGAGGCGAAGAACGGUCUUAUAGAAAUCCCUAGCAGUUGGUACACCGAGGACAUGACUCCCUUGGGGUUUUAUCCUUAUACACCUAACUCCCAGGGUUAUGUCGCGGUUGAUGUGGUAGAAAAGAUGUGGUGGGAUAGAUUUGAUUGGCUAUGGGAAAACGAAUGCUUUGUGCACGAAGAUGGGUUUGGGAGCAUCUAUCCUAUGGUCUGGCAUCCUGAGAGUGCUGGAAGAGCGCAUGUUGUGGGCAUGAUCGAUCGAUUUAUAGGCAAGCUCAUCAAAAAGAUAAAUGAAGCCGAGCCAGGGGAAGUAACCUUUGAGACUAUGGAAACCAUGGCCAAGGCUUUCAAGGCCAAAAAUUGUUACAACGAUGAUGGGUGCUAG